UGCACCGCGUCCAACAGCUGUUUCAAAGUGUCGCUCACGAAAUAAGAUUUCAAAAAUCCUCUACACGUGUUUAGUGCAUAGUUAUUGUAGUCAAUAAUUUUCAAGUUUUAAUAUUGUAAUGGAAGAGGACGUCGGUGUAAAAGCACCAGUGACUCGGUUGAGACGGAGACUUUCUGUGGAUCAGGAUGAUGUCAAGUCCCCAUCAGCGCCUUCCACACCUACUAAGAAAAGAGGGGGAAGGCUUGCAGCAAAACCACAACUAGAGCUGAUUGAUGAAAAUUCAUCAGAAAAUACCCCAAAGAAGCAACUUAAGAAAUCUGCUGUUAAAGAUGUCAUUGAAGCUAAAGAAGAUAAAGUACUGACCCCAUCCAGACGCAGCACAAGAAUAAAGUCAAACACCAGCAUACUUUCAGACACACCACAGACCUUCGACUCUCCCAGGGCUAAGAGAGCUGCAAGAAGGAAUUCUCAGAUUGGUAGUGAUAAUGAAGCCCCCACUACACCAGCAAGACAAACUAGAAGGACAAGAAAGGAUUCUACAUCUAGUAUUGAUAAACAAGAAACAGUUACUUCUGCAAAAAAAGCCACUACUAUAGCAAAUUCUAUUAUUGAAGAAGUAGAAUCUGACAGUCAAAAAGCAAACAGUGUUGAUCAGAAUAAAAAAUCGGAAAUCACUCCCAAACGUAAAAGCCCCAGGUUGCAGAAGAAAAAUAAAGUAAGUAAUGCUACAGAAAAUGAAGAGGUACCUCAAGAAAUUGAUAACAUAUCUAAUGUCAACAAACAAGAUGAAAGCAAAAUAACUAAAGAUUCUAUUAGCCCUAAUUCUAAAGUUACAGACAAAAACAAACUCUCUGAUGAAAGUUUUAAGUUAUUAAACAAUUUAAAUGAACAGCCAGUGAAGAAAAAAUUUUUAAACAAAAGCACUUCAUCCGUUACUGCUAAAAAAGCUAUAAGAAAUAGGACAAAUACAUGGACUGCCAGUCAAAGUUUGAUAGAUGCAAGUGUUGAGUUGAAUAAACAGGACAAAGAAGAGAUUACAAAAUUAACGAAGGAUAACAUUGACAUUGAAGAAGCCAAAAGUAAUAAUGAUCAUAGUUUAGGAUCUGAUAGAAUGAAAAGUUAUUUCAUGGAAAAAGAUAGCAAAGAUGGAUUGAACUCGUCAGCCAGUAAAGAAGAAAAUAAAAUUAUUGACGAUCCCAAUUUAGGCCAUGUUUCAGGGGAAAAAUUAAAUUUAAAUAUGUCACUUUUUAAUAAAAGUAAUGAUGUAAAAAAUACCACAAAUAAUAUAUGUGUUUUGAAUGAAACCGAAAAUUUAAUUAGGAAGGCUCCUGUAGCUGCCGUUCAAUCAUUUGUAUAUUUUGAAGAUUCUGAUACAGACAGUAGAGAAAAACCUACUAAUAAUAAAAUAAUAGAAAAUGAAGAUCAAUGUGUUCCUUUUGUGGCUGAAAUCAAUCAAAAUAAGAAACUGUCAGACUGUGGCGCAUGUGAACCAAUGGAUAUUGAUGAAACAAUUCCAAGUAAUGUUUCUUUGAUAAAUUGCUCAGAAAGUAAACAAGAUAUAAAUAAAUCACUAGAGCAAAAACCAAUUUCAGAGCAAAACAUUUCUAAAAAUUCUAAUAAAUCAAAACGAGCAUCUUCUUCAUCUUUGUCAACAUCACAAAAUAUUGAAAAAUUAGGAAAUGAAAACAAAAGUACCCUUAUAUUAUCCCAACUAAAAGAUGUGUCGACAACUGAUAAUAGUUUGACAAAAUCACCAAAAACCGCCGUCGAAUUUUUGUCCAGUUCUGUUAACGAAAUUAAUAAAGACAAAAAGGAUUCUCUUGACUAUAUGACUAGCACACCACUGCAACAAAAGAAUUUGAGAAAAAUGGCGAUACAAAUUAACACUUCUGACAUUAAUGAUUUCAAUAAUAGGAGUACAAAAAAAUAUGAUAAACAUAAGAAUAAUAAGUCUACCGAUGCUUCAUCUUCAGAAGAAUCUGAUGACCAUGUGUCUAAAGAAAAGAGUGAUUUUCUUGAUGAGGAAGCUGAUGAAGUAAGUGAUGACUAUGCAUCAGGAGAUAGUCGAGAUGAAGAAGAAAAGCAGUAUGAAAAAGAAAAUGAAAUUCUGGAAAAAGGUGAAACUCUUGAUUCCCAUGACGAUGCUUCUAAUGAUACAGAUUAUGAAAAGGAUUCAUUUGUUGUCAGUUCGGAUGAAGAAGAUAAUGAAUUGCUUAGUGGUUCUGGUGAUGAUCUUUCAAUGAGUGAUAAUGAACUCACCCAAAGCAAAAUAUCUAAGAAAAAGUUUAAUGACAGAAAGUUAAAAGAACAAAAGAAAGCUUCAAGAGAAAUGUUUGAAGCUCGCCAUAAUAUAUCAAAUAACAGUUCAAAAUCUGAUGUCAAUAAAAAAGAGAAAAACAAGCGUCGCAGAUUAAACUCCUCUGCAUUCUUAUCAGAAGAAGAUACAGUUGUCAAAUCUAAGAAAAACAAACAAUUGAAAUUAGAUUCUAGUGAAGAUAGUACAGAAGAAGACGAUACUAAAGUAGAAAAGAAAAGUAUCAGCGCUACAGAAGAAAACGAAAUCACAACUGUUUUUAAUGAGAGUGUUGUAAAUAAAAAUGACCCUUUGUCAAUGCAAGUCAAAUUAGAACCACAAACACCUCUCAAAGAUAUAAAUAUCAGUACUGUUCCUAUUCAUGAUCAAAUAGAAGAAGUACAUUUGGACCAAAACAUUUCCGUAAUGAAAAUAAAUGAAACUUCAGAUCCUUUGCAAGAAGAGAGCGAGACUUCUUCCAUAAGUGAAAAUAUGGAAAUCUCAUCAAAUUAUGAUUCUGUGUUGAAAGAGUUAAAUAAAGAAAUGAAUAACAAACAUAUAAAAUCCUUGGAUAGUUCUUUGAACUUAAACAAAAAAAUAAAACAAAAAACCAAUCCAGCGAUUGUAGAUAAUCUCAAUCUUACUAAUACGAAAAUGUCAAAACGGAAUCUACAGACAUCCACAGAUACAAAGGCUAAGACUCAAGAUUCACAAAAUACACAAGACAAAGACAAGGAAACUCAAAAAGACUUUGAUGAAUCUUCAUCUGAUUCAAUUGAUUUGCAAUUAUUAUUUUCUGAAGAUAGCUGCGAUAGCGUAAAGAAAGUCCAGAAGAAAAGGCAUCAAAAAGAAGAUGAAGGUUUUAUUCCACUGAAAAGAACUGAAGCAAAAACCAAUAUUUUGGAAGAUAAUGAUUGUAUGAACGAAAGACAAGAUUUGAAAUCUCUCAUAAGUCAAUCUAAUUUGGAUACACUGAAUAUUAGUGCAAAUAAAAAGAAAAAGAAAGUCAGUUUAUCAGUCCCUGAUGACAUUCACAAUAUUACAGGUGAUGAAUUGAAUAAGUCCUUGAAUAAAACCAAUCAUGAGACAUCUGUAAAUAAUACUAAUUCUAAAAUGAAGAACAAAACAGCCAAUAUUUGUAACCCAGAAGAGGUAGUUGAUAUUGCAGGGAGUGGUAGUGCAAAGAAAAAAAAUAUUAUUUCUCAAAAUGAAUCCAGUCAAAAUAUUUCGCUUAAUACCAGUGGCAGAAAAAAGAAGAAAAGUAGUAUUACUUUAGAUGAUAUAAAAGAUCACAAUAUCCAUAUAACAAAAAGCGAUAGACAUGACACAGUUCCGGUUAAUCAGACAGUUUGUGAUAUAUCUUUGAAUAGUUCUCAUAAUACCAGUUCUAAAAAAAAGAAAAAAAAUAGUUUAUCUGUUGGUGAUGAUAGUAAAGAUUUAAAUAGAAGUCAAAAUCAACAUGAUAUACAAAACGAAUUCAAUAGCAACAUAUCCAUAAACACCACUUUGAAUACUAGUGCUAAGAAAAAGAAGAAAAAUAGCAUUUCCGCUAAUGAAGAAGAAAGUAAUACGAAAAAUACCGAUUGUAAUAAUUCUAUCAAUAAAAGCAAUUUAAAUGUUUCUAUAAAUACUUCAUUAAAUACAAACUCAAAGAAAACCAAUAAGGAAAACAGCAUAUCUACUACUGAAGAUAUACUUCUUGAUACCCACAAUGAUACAAGCAGUUUAUUGAACACUAGUUCAAAGAAAAAUAAGAAAAACAAAAUAUCGAUGGAAAAUGUGCCGAAUGAUUCUGUGGAUAAAUUAAAUGAAGAUGUGACUGUUGAUCGCCAUUUCAAUAGUUCAUUGAAUAACGAUAGUUUUAAGAAAAAAAAGCACAAUGCAUCUGCUGUUUUAGACUUGGAAGAUUCUUUGAAUACAUCAUCUAAAAAAAAUCAAAAAGUUAAAGUCCAAAAUGUUGAUAAAUAUUUGCAAGAUGAUGAUAGUGACGCUGCUCCCGAAGAAAUUCCAUACGCGAGCCAUAAAAAUACAUCGGCAGCCGAACUCUCCGAUGGAGUACAAAUGUUUAUAGACACAGAAGGCAACCAAGACUGGAAUACAUUGAUUACCAAUGGCAGCUCGAAGAAGAAAAAUAAGAAAAAGAAAGCGAGUCAAGAUGUUUUACCCGAUUCUAAUGAGCUCACUCCAGCGGAUAUUAAUAAUGAAGCAAAGGCCACAUCCAAAAAACGUAAAAGGAAAUCAUCUGCCAAUUCUAUUACUCAAGAAACAAUCACAGCAGGUCUGGAGGAAAUUGUUGAACCAGUAUAUGUGGAGAAUAAAAGAAAGAAACAAAAAAUCUGUCAAAACGAAUUAUCUCCUCCAAAGAUGAAAGAAAAUAUAAAUAAACCGAACAAGAAGCGAAAAGAGAGAGAAGAUGACGACGUAAAUAAAUUGACGAAGGCCUUUAAGCAAAAUUCAACAGAUAAACUAAAUGUGACACGCCUUCCUCCAACAAUUCUUAAUCAGUUAGAUGACAAACCAAGAAAGGAUGUUCUUGAAAUGAAAAAGGCAAAAGUAGUAUCAACAAGUCAGUUUAUUGUUGAAGAAGCCAAGAAAAGGAAAAAUAAACCUUCCAAUUAUCUAGAAGAGAGUGUAUAUCUCAAUGACUCUGUUGAUAAUAAAAAACAAAAAGGUUUCAUUAAAAUACCUAAAGUUCUACCUUUCAUACCUACUGCCACCUUAUCAGGCAGUGGUUUUACAACCAAAUUCCAAAUCAAUGUUUUGCAAAAAGAAACAAAGUUUGUGGCACAAACAAGCAAUGUAACUGGUUUUAAAAAUGAAUAUUUGAGUGGCAAAAAGGUUAAAAAAGUGGGCACAUACGAAAUGUACAAAUCACAGAGAAACAAAAAAUUAUCCAAAUUCUAAGUGAUUUGCCCUAUUAUUGCCAUUUAGUAUAAGGAUGAAUAAAUUCCGCCUGAUUAAUCUGCCUCUGUGACAAUGCUAGUAUUUAAGAAACGUGAAGAAUGAAAAACUGCCUUCUUGUUUUGACUUGCACCUUCAUCAUGCAUCACAUCUGCCACAGGAGACCAACGGAUUUUGAACUUAUACUAGAAAUAAUCUCGUCGGUGAUGUCAAGCUUUUCAAAUUUUACUUUCUUACUACGUUUUAGAUUUGUUCAGGUAUGUUAUUGUUACGAGAAUCAUUAAAAUGACCUUCUGGGUAGUAAUUAUGUAUUAAUAAAUGCACAAAAUAACUUGAUGCAGCAUUGUUAAAAACAGCCCCAUCUCUAUUAUGUUAUGUUUUUUUUACUACGAUAUGAUAUGAGAAGAAAGGUAGUAAGUUUUAGGUUAAAAACAGAACAAUGAACAAUUUAAAUAUCGGGUCGCUUUUAACUUGUUAUAAAUUAAUUUUUAGUUCAUUAUUAUUUUAAUAAUUAAGUACUUUUGUAAUUUUUAUGAUAUUUGAUCACAUGCCCUAUGUAGGUAGUGUGUUUUUUAAACUAUGUAGUAAUUAUUUUUAUGAUUUUAUUGAUAUUGAAUUGAUUUACUUUAUGAUGUUUCCAGUUUCUUGUGAAUGUUACUACAUUUUUAGUUAGAGUUGAGACAUGUUAUGUUUUCUUUUUUCGUUAUGCUGUCUACAGGUAAUUUUCAUUUCAUGUUUGUUGAUUCUUUUCAUAAGUAGGAAUUCGUUUAUUAUCGAUCCUUUUCUUAAUAAAAUUUAAACAAAAUUCAAUGUUCCCGCUUUUUCUUAUAGUUCUACAAAUUCUGCAUAGAUGGCGGUAAUGUAGCGGUUAAAAUGGUAUUGCCCAUGUGCCUCCAUUUGUUAUAUCAUUACUAUUGUUAAUACUUUACACAAUUUGAAACUCAUUAAAAUUAUUUCAUAAAACACGA